CCUGCAUUCACACACACACAGCGCCUUCUUUCCCGCUUCAAUCACCAGCCAAUUAUUAAUAUACUUUCUCUCAACUGAGUGCGAAUACGUUUGUUGUCCUUCAGAAUGUCAGCCAUACCAGAUUUAACAAUGACCAUGACCCCCCUGGACUUAAGUGUGACACCAAGCUAUGGUAACUCAGAGAUGGCAGAAAAUGUCACAUCUUGUCAGGAGUGGGAGAAAACUCAUCACCUACUCUUCCAUCUGGGAAACCUGAGUUUAGUUGUGGGCCUGCUCAUUCCUACCACUUUGGGCCUGCACAUGAUCCUCCUCAGACUUCUACUGAUGACUGGUUGCUGCUUGUUUAUGACAUGGGCUGCCCUGUACAGGUGCACACUAGAUGUGAUGAUCUGGAAUGCUGUCUUUCUCAUAGUCAACUCCAUGCAUUUAUGCUACUUGCUGUACAAACGCAGACCUAUUAAGAUUGACCGAGAGCUGAAAUCAGUGUAUAAGCGGAUGUUUGAACCCCUGCAUGUACGUGAAGCUUUGUUCCAGAGGCUCACUGGUCAGUUCUGCACCAUCCAGACCCUUAAGAAAGGCCAAGUGUAUGCUGCCGAGGAUAAGACCUCAGUGGAUGAGCGCCUCAGCAUUCUCCUGAAAGGGAAAAUGAAGGUGUCAUAUCGGGGCCAUUUUCUUCACAACAUUUACACUAGUGCCUUUAUUGAUUCUCCUGAGUUCAGAUCAACACAGAUGAACAGGGGAGAAAAGUUCCAGGUGACGAUCACGGCUGAGGAAAAUUGUAAAUACCUGUGCUGGUCUAGAGAGAGGCUGACUUACUUUCUGGAGUCUGACACAUUUCUGAAUGAGGUUUUCAAGUACCUCAUCGGCAAGGACAUUACUAACAAGCUGUACUCCCUAAAUGAUCCCACUCUUAGUGACAAGGCUGUAAAGAAGAUGGAGAGGCAGCCGAGUUUGUGUUCCCAGCUCUCCAUGAUGCAGAUGAGAAACAGCAUGGCCAGCACCAGUGACACAGAUGAUGUGCUUAAUCAGAUUCUAAGAGGCGGAUCAGGUGGUUCAUCAAUCCAAAAAAAUCCACUUGGCAAGUCCUCCACGACUAUGAAACCAAUUGAAGAAGCCAUGGAAGAUGAAGUUUUUGAAGCUGACUCGGCUAAUGAUUUCCAAAACAGCCCAGAAGAGGUGUAGGAUGAUACUGUAGAUGAUUUGCAGCCUCAGCUGAUAUUAUUUGUUGGACUGCUGUGUGAAUAUGGUGUAGACUGUUCCAGAUCAAAAAUUACACCUGGGGCUAGGUUAAUAUCCUACAUGUUCUCUAUGUAAUAUACAGACUAGAUAGCAAGUUCAAGCAGUGAUUCCUGUCAUGAAACCAUGAUUGCAUCUUAUCACAGGCUGCACUUUCUUUGGAAUGGCUUAACAAAUUCAUUGUGUUUUGAGUGAAAACAA